AUGGAUUUUCCUUCUCUUCCAUCCGAGCAGGACCCAGGUUAUUUGGUUCUUCCUUCCACCCUGAGACCACCGGAGGCACAUUCUGAAGACGAUCGCGACUUUUCUGAUGCUACUUUAGAGUGCAUACGGCAUAUGCUCAUGGAAGAGGACACGGAGCAGCGAUCGGGCGCGUUCCUCGACCCUUUGGCUCUUAGAGAUGCCGAGAGAUCGUUCUACGAAGUUCUGGGUAUUAAAUAUCCUCCCUCUCCCUCUCCCAACCAACGACCUAUUCUUCGCAACCCUGAUGAUGAUGGCAGCACUGCCACUAAUGGUGCUUGCGACUCUGCUUUUCAGUCCACUUCAAAAAUGCCCUUCAGCUUUCCCGACGGCAAAAAUGGGAGUUCUUGUGCGACGACAUGCUCUUCUGUAAGCACACUUCUUUUUCCGAAUAUUUCUUGUGUGGUUGAGUCCACAAAGUUGCAGUUUAGAAAAGGGGUACAGGAAGCUAGUAAAUGUCUUCCAUUCGAGAAUCAUUCAGCAGUCGAUUCUGGGACCCGUAGGCUGCCUGCGGUGUCGCAGGAUUAUACUUCAGAGGUGGGAGAGGGGGAUCGCAUGCGCACUGGUACGGAAGGAAGGAAAGAGCCGCAGAGGAGGGAUGCAGAUAUUGAAGAGGCGAGGAGUAAAAAGCAGUCAACGUUCCGUGGGGAAGAGGAAGAUGAGUUGUCUGAGAUGUUUGAUAGAGUUCUCCUCUGUUUUGAGGACCCGAAGAAGCCUGUCGUGUGUGCUUCUAGGAAAGUUCUACAGAAUGGACCCACAUCUGGAUUAAGUUCCAGGAAGGAAAAACAAAAUAGAAUGGAGGGCGGGCAUUUGAGGAAACUCCUUACUCUCUGUGCACGAGCUAUUGCGGUUGAUGAUCACUGGAGUGUGAUUACACAUUUAAAUGAGAUUAGGCAGCACUCUUCUCCUUCUGGAGAUGGGGCUCAAAGGAUUGCCCAUUAUUUUUCUAAAGGCCUUGAGGCACGCUUGACGGGAACUGGAGCUCAAAUUUAUGCUAAUCCGUCACCAAAGAGGCUAUUAUCAGCUGCCGAGCUCUUGGAAGCUAUCGCAUCUAUUGUUUUGGCUUGCCCAAUCAAGCAAAUCAACUUUUGCUUUGCAAAUCACUGCAUUUUGAAUUUAGCUGGGAGGGCCUCCACGGUUCAUGUUAUAGUUGUUGGUGUCUCCUACGGUUUCCAAUGGCCAAUGCUUAUCCAAGAUCUUUCGGUAAGAGCUGGUGGACCUCCUGGGCUACGCAUUACAGGGAUAGAGUUUCCCCAACCAGGUUUUUUGCCAAAAAUCGUGGCUGAAAAUACAGGGCGUCGUUUGGCUAAGUAUUGUGAGCAUUUUCAUGUUCCAUUUGAGUAUAAUGUUGUAGUACAAAGAUGGGAAACCAUCCAAAUUGAAGAACUCAAGAUUGACAAAAGUGAGUUAGUCGUUGUGAGUUGUAUGUUCGGAUUUGAGAAUCUACUCGAUGAGAUAGAUGUGGCAAAUUGUCCAAUGAAUUCAGUUUAUAACCUGAUAAGGAAGAUAAAUCCACACAUUUUCAUCCAUGGAAUAAUUAAUGCACAUUGCAAUCAGCCUAUCUUUACCACAAGGUUCCAAAGGGCACUUUCCUACUACUCAUCAAAGUUUGAUAUGUUGGAUACAAUCCUUGUUCGUGAAAGUCAGGAGAGAUUUCUAUUUGAGAAAUAUAUUUUUGGGCAGCAAAUUAUGAAUAUUGUAGCAUGUGAGGGUUCAAAUAGGGUUUUUAGGCCGCAGACAUAUAAAUAUUGGCAGAUCCAAAAUAUGGCUGCUGGAUUUAGGCAACUUCCAUUGGAUAGGGUACUCAUGAUGACAAUGAGGGCUAAGAUGAAAUCUGGCUACCACCAGAAUUUUUUUAUUGAUGAAGAUGGUCAUUGGAUGCUACAAGGAUGGAAACGUCGAAUUUUGACUGCCGUCUCCUGCUGGAUUCCUACAUUUGAGUGUUGA